GCUAACAGAGUGCAGGAAGCAGGAAGUGAGCCCCUUGCAAACCCCGGUGUGUUGUAAACAAUUUUUGGCCUGUCGUCUAGUCGAGAUUUGCUACAAAUUCGUCGAGAAUGCUUCGUCAAGGGCAGUUCGUUUUUGCGUGCUUUACACAUUCUAGAGCGUCUAUUACAACCACCCAAAGCUGUUUGAAAAGCACCUUAUCACCUGAAAAGCUGAAUGCCAUAGCAAAUGGACCUGGUCUGGGAGACUUCAUCGCUGACGGCUACGACUACACCGGGAAACUUAAACGGGCACCAGGCCAAACGGAGAGGUUAAAACUGCCUCCUUGGUUGAAGGUGGACAUCCCUAAAGGCAGCAACCUUACUCGCCUUAAGAAUACGCUCCGUGGUAAAAAGCUCCACACAGUCUGUGAAGAAGCAAGAUGCCCCAACAUCGGAGUAUGUUGGAAUGGAGGACCCGAUCAUGUAGCUACAGCAACUAUAAUGGUUCUAGGAGACACAUGUACAAGAGCAUGCAGAUUUUGUUCGGUGAAAACGGCUCGCAAUCCACCACCACCCGACCCACACGAGCCGGUGCACACGGCCCAGGCAGUCAUGGAGUGGGGUUUGGGUUAUAUCGUCAUCACUUCUGUGGAUAGGGAUGACCUCCCAGACGGUGGUUCAAACCACCUAGCAGAAACCGUUAGGCAAAUAAAAUUACAUGACCCUACAAUCCUGGUGGAAUGUCUGACGGGUGACUUUGCCGGUGACACGAAAGCCGUGGAAGUUGUGGCAAAAUCUGGCCUGGAUGUUUACGCUCACAACAUUGAAACUGUGCCAGAGUAUCAAAUGUACGUGAGAGACAGAAGAGCCAAUUUUGAGCAGUCACUCUCUGUCCUAAAGCAGGCCAAACUUGCAAACCCGGAUGUCAUCACAAAAACUUCUCUCAUGCUCGGCUUCGGAGAAACUGAUGAACAGAUACAACGCACGAUGGAAUUGGUUCGAAAGGCUGGAGUUGACUGCUUCACGUUAGGGCAGUAUAUGCAGCCAACUAAGAGACAUCUAAAGGUGGUAGAGUAUGUGACGCCCGACAAGUUUAAGUACUGGGAAAAGGUUGGCAACGAUCUUGGAUUCCUGUAUACUGCCAGUGGGCCACUGGUGAGGUCGUCGUAUAAAGCUGGAGAAUUCUUUGUUGCCAACUACUUGAAGAAAAGGAAGCCUUCGAGUGUAUCAUAGAUUCAUAGAUGUAUCGUUUAAAAGAUUGCCUUGUCUGAUACAUAUCCAAGUGGAUAAAGUCACACAUUGAAAACCUAA